CUCUCUCUCUCAUACACACACACACACACACACACACACACUUCCUCACACACUCAGCCCAGAGUGCGCUGCACAGUCGCGUGCUCAGAUUGGAAAGCGUGCACACUUUAUUUUUUUUCUCUCCAAAGUGCGGGAUAACUGAAGGGAGAAAAUGGUGCCAAAGAGCUCAGUUUUACUCCUCACGUUGUUUAUCUGUUACUUCACUCAGGAAGUUGGCGCCCAAGUGUCCCUGAAUAUGGAGGACAUUGUUGAAGUGUAUAAAGGUGAUCCAGCCGUCAUCCGCUGCCACUACAGUUUUGCUCAAGAUCCCAACAUGGUCAUGGUGCAAUGGUUUGUGCGUGGUCCUGGAGGUAGAAGAGUAAGGAUCUCCUACAGUGACCUCACCAUGCAGAAGGUGGAUGAGAAUACAACCUACACAGACCGCAUCAGCAUUGCAGGGGAUACCAGUGGUGAGAACCUGACUAUCGUGGAUGUCAGACUCUCGGAUGAGAGGGAGUUUUUCUGCCAGGUCAACGGCCUUGCAGCAGGCAACGGAGAGGGCAGGACUCAUCUAAAGGUUUUCAACCCCCCAGAGCCUCCUAUGAUAGAAGCAGUUUAUUCUGGAGUUUCAGUGACCAGUCCAUUACUAUCAAAGAUUGCAACUUGUGAAACUCGAGAAGGCUUCCCCAAGCCAAACAUCACCUGGUACCGCAAUCAUGAGCCACUGUAUCCCAAAAAUGGCGAGGUUAACGUGGUUACCCUGGUGACCAGGGGGCCCAGCGGGCUGUACACGGUCCAGAGUGAGCUUCAGUACAAAGUUGCAAGGGAAGACAGAGAUGCUGUAUUCUCGUGCGAGGUCAGCUAUUACGUUCCCGGUGCCAUCCGAACGGCUGAAUCCAGAGGUGUCAACGUCACAGUUCACUACCCAACAUUAAACUUUGAGAUGUGGAGGGAAUUGCCCAAGGGCCUGGUCAAAGAGGGGGACACGGUGGAGAUCCGUUGCCAGGGCGAUGGCAAUCCCCCACCAACCAUCACUUUCAGCCGAGAACAAGAGCUGGAUAUGAGUCUGGAGGCCGAAGGCAACCUGCUGGUCCUGAAGGAUGUGACGCGCAGAGACAGUGACGUGUACCAAUGCCAGUCUCUGGACCUGGACUCAGUACGCUUUGAUGUAGGUGCGAGCCUGCAGCUUACUGUGAACUAUCUUGACCCAGCUGUGGUGGUUCCCAAAGACUCGGAGAUCAUGCUGAAAGGAGAAAGUCUGACAGCCACAUGUAAUGCUUUGUCCUCUCUAGAGACAUCCACUGUGUGGCUCAAGGAGGGUGUAGAGAUAAGACAAGGACACGUGCUCCAGCUGCAGGAUGCUACAUUCGACACAGCUGGACGCUACGAAUGCAAGGUGACCGUUCCCAGCAUACCAGGCCUGCAUACCAGUGGAUCAGUCCAUAUAAUUGUGCAGGGCGCUCCUGAGUUGAUAGAUGUGGAGAGGGAGGUGGUCAUGUUGGAGAGGGUGGGCAAGUGGCUGAACCUGAGCUGCGAAGCAAGAGGUUUUCCCCGACCCGUUAUUACUUGGAACGUAACCGGCAGCCCUAAUUCACGUGAGGUUGUGAAGAGAGAGACAGAGGAUGUUGUUCAAAGCAUACUGACUCUGAAGGUGACCAUGGACACGGUUGCUACAUGCAGCGCAACAAACUUGAUGGGUGUAGAGACCAAGAACUACACCAUCACAAGCAUUCCUAUCGUAACCCCGACAGCAAGGAACACUGCAGUCGAUAACAGCGGCGUGAUGAUCGUGAUCAUAAUCAUCAGCCUUCUCCUCUUGGCCAUCUUGGGCAGCGUGCUGUACUUCCUGUACAAGAAGGGCAAGCUGCCCUGUGGACAUUCUGGCAAACAGGAGAUCGUUAAUGUGUACAGAACCAAAGAGAUGACCAAUAAGGAUAACAUUGUGGUGGAGAUGAAAGCGGAGAAGACGGAGAAGACAGAGAAGUCAGUACUACUGAAGGGCGUCAAUGGCAACAACAAACCACCAAGUGACCAGUACACUGACCUGCGUAAAUGAUCCAAAACCAAGGACAGAAGAUGCCAACUGAAGCCCAUUCACUGUCCCCUUACCAACCCAACAAUCAAGAGUUAUAUGGAUACGAAUAACGUCUGCUGGAACAGCUGUCUUUCCUAAAUAAAGAGGACAUUCUUUGUCCAUUUACAAGCUCUGGUAUUCCUGAUUGGCCGUAUUGAACUAAAGUGAGCUUGUCCAGUCAUGCCAGUUUUUUAUACUUCUUUUUUUUUUUUUGGCCCAAAACACUGUUUUAUUCUGUAAUUCUCAACCACCUGAGGAAUUCAAUGUCACAUUGUUUCAAUGUAUGACCUUUAUAACCUUUAAAAGUGUAUAUAGUAUAUAAUAUUUAGCAAGGUAAACUUGAACCAUACAGCAAAUUGAAAUCAGCCACUCACAAAUUUUCUUCCCUGAACUACAGAAUCUGGUAAUUAUAUACAUCAUUCAGCUAAAAUAACAGAAUAGUGGAAAAUGCUGGGCUUUUCAUAUAACAACAUAAGCUUUGUCUAACAGUAUUUCUAUAAACUACAUCACAACAGCACCAUAAAGUAAGUUUGACCAGUACAACAUACAUACAUAAUCACAUUCCUCAAUGAUUUUCUUUCCAGUAGGAUCACAUAGUUCUCAUCUCAAGCUUAUGGCCAGCUAGUAACUGAAACACCUGCUUGCAUACAGUCAAAUUAUGUUCAGUCCUUUUAGCCAUUGAUAGAAGCCGAUCAUCAUACUGACCAAUAAAUUCAGAGUUUAGAGCCAAUCACCACUUUUGAGGUUUGUUUUUGUCGAUCAAAGAGACUACUGCUUUUGUAAAUAUUGUCAGCAGACUAAAUUGUAGCUGCGUUUUGACUGCUGAGGGGAUUCACAGCUCCCUCUUUUUCUCUGCCUCACGUUCAUCAGCUGCAGUGUCUGACUGUUCAAUUAACGUCCAUGUUUGUUACACUGAGACUUCUUUUUUAAGGCCUGUUUUGUGUUUUUGUGUGCUUGUUCAUGUUUGCUCAAAAGGAAGGGUGAUUUUGCGAGUUUGUUUUGUUUCCUCAAACCAGUGUGGAUGAGUCGUGGGAUUUUAAACAGAGGACGCAUAGGGUUAUUAACAUCAAGCCAGGGUUUGUCCUCUUAUAGUGGCCUAAAGUCCGAAGGCUGAAUUGAAUAAGAAGCAGUUUGUAUUUCAUUUGUGUUUAUUUUUUUUUAAACCCAAGACUUGUUCUGUUGUUUUAUGUUACUGUUUAUCUUACAAAAAGGUGUUAAUCUGGUAGCUUCCCUUAUUUGUUAGCUACAUUAGCCUUGUAUCACUACAACAAAAAUAUCUGAAGCAACCUUCAGACACAAAAUAUAUCCCGGCUGAUUAAAUACAUAUUGGGUAAAUGGAAAAUUGUGCAUUUAAUUUUUGGUUAAAGUAAUAAUUUAACUGCUGUAUAUGUGGAAGUCUUUAAGUUUCUGUUACUUUUUAUGGACACCAGUGCAGAUGGCAAAUGUUAAUAUAAAGUUAGUGCUUUGAUCUUUUAUAAAGAUCGACAUUAUAUGUCCACAAUCAUUGAAAAGCACCUCAGCCAUUUUACUAUCCAUCCUUCAUUGGAUGAUUUGUUCUUGUGAUGGAUCACAUGCUUUAUUUUGGCCUCAUAUCCUGUUAUACCUGGAAUACUCAAAAUUAUAGAUUGGCUUGAAUUUUAUAACUUAACCUUGUUAUAAUUUCAACAAAUGUUUUACCAGAGUAAAAACCAAACUAUUAAAGCAUGUUUUAAAUUCACCAAAUUCUUUCAACUAAUCAAACAUCCUCACAGACUACUAAAUAUUGUGAAGCGACAUCUCACGUCUCAUCCACGUGGCUCGACAAGACAAACUGGAUAUAAAGUGUAUAUAAACCUGUUCACCUGUGCGGUUUAUUGUUUUUGUAGUAAUGUUGUAGUUCUGCUUAUGUGUGUAAAUUAAGAACGUGAUUUGAUGCUUGUGUUUUUUAUACACUGUAAUUUUCAUUUUUGCAAAAACAAUGCCAAAUAAAGAUAAUGUUACACUCUAAA